UGUUUGCAGCAGUGAACGUUGUGAAUUUUUCAGUAUGGAACGAUUUGUCUUACUUAUCUGUUUUUCUACAAGAAUAUACUGCUUAACAUUGGAUUUAUCUGAUCAUAUUACAAAACCUACUGAAAUUCUGUCAGAUGAACACGUUAAUCCAAUAACAAAAGUUUUAGAACUACAUGUAUGUCAAGGAAAUACGCUGAAUAUAACAUGUCCGAACAACUCUGUAAUAGUUUUUGACUAUGCAAACUAUGGACGUGGAAAUUCAGACUAUCAACGAUGCAGUGAAUUCUUGGGUACUGAGUCAUAUGCUUGUGAUAGUCACGAGAGGGCACUACAAGUCCUAAAUGAGAAAUGUGGUGAAUCACAAAGAUGUGUUCUUCUUGUAACAACGGAUAAGUUUGGAAAUCAAUGUGUGGGUAUUACAAAGUACCUGAAAGUUAGAUAUCACUGUUCAAGAAAAAGAUACCAUGAAACGACUUUGGCCCCCCUUGGCCGAAUUUUUGUUAAAGAUCAGAAUGUAACGACUAAUGCUACCCAGACUACAGUCAUAAGAUUUGUGAGUGGAGGAGACAAAUCAGGACAACUUGCAAAAGAGACAGAACAUGUUAUGAAAAAUGAUGAAGACAACACUAGUGAAGAAUUAACUAUUGUCGGAAUUGUACUAGGUGUUGUGGCAGCCUUGAUUAUCUUGCUCAUAGUGACUUUGGUUUUCAAAAGAUAUAGGAAAUCAAAACAACGAAAGGUUACAGUACGUACUGAAGAAAUUGAAAUGAAUAUAGAAUCCGAAAACCAGAAUCAGUAUAAUUAUUCUGUACAUGCUGAAGUAAAUGCCCAAUCGAUGUUCAACUAUGCAAACCAGACGGUUGAAGAUGGGGUUGCAAGCGGACAGAACCAGAUGGAAAAUGACUACGAUGAUUCUUCACAUGUACCUUCAAGAUCAGAAAAUGAGCCGUUAACAUAUGACGUCCAUGUGUCGGACACUAUAUAUAAUGUAACAGAAACUUCCGGAAAUGAACCAAAAGAUGACGAAAACAACACUUACGAUCAUUUUUUCGGAGAACAAACGGAAGAUCAGUAUGAUAUAGCUGAUAACAAAGUAAUGAAUAGGAGCCAAUGUAAAACAAAUGAGGGCUUAUAUUAUUAACAUAGUUCAAUAAAUCAAAUGAAUGUCUGUACCAAAUGAAAUGAAUAAGAGAUGAUUUUCGCUAGUUAUUGGUGAUUGCUAUCUUGUGAUUUCGUCAGCUUUAAUUACCUUUCCUCUCUUUAGAAUUUGCAUAAGAGUUCAGUAUUUUUUAUAUACCUAUUUACAAUAUACUUGUACAUAAUAUAACGUGAUGCCAUAUUACUGACACAUUAUUCAAACUCAGAGCUGGCUAUCUUUAUCGUCCUCUAGAUUGUACUAAAACCAUAUGAAGAUUUCGUAUCACUAUUAAUGGUAAAGCUGCUAAUUUUGUACCCAUGGAUCAAUAUUCUGUUGUGAUCUUAAGGUUCCAAUAUGGGUUACAGUACUCUUAAAUUAUUAUGGUUUCAUUUUAAUAUUCAUUUGGAAUUAUUCUUUUAAAUGUAUUUUUCAACUGUAGAGUACAGUUCGUUACAUAUGUCAAGAAGAAUCUGAAUAUAUCAUUAAGUAAAAAAAGAUAUUAUAUGUUAUUCAGGUCUUAGACAGGGUGUAUACUGUGACAUUCCCGGCUUAGAUUUUAUAUCCCCUGAGCCGAAGGCAUUAAAAUGCAGGUCAAGAGAAGUCCGAGUCUGAUAGAAAUGUUUUGAUACAUUGUAAGUGCUACGUUUCGAUAUAGCUGUCUUUUUAUUUGUAGUUGUAACACAAUUGUGCACAAGGAAAAGCUUGUU